AUGACGUUGGCCACGUUAGUACGUCCGUGGUUCCGCGCUGCGCCAUUUCGGAGCGGAUCUGACCCAGGAAUCAAACACACACACGGCCAGAAAUACGCGAGAUUUACGAUUGAACCAUGCAUCGCGACUGCCCCCUUGACUGCAAGGUAUACGUUGGGAAUCUGGGGAAUAAUGGGAAUAAGUCUGAGCUUGAGAGGGCGUUUGGCUACUACGGGCCUCUGAGGAGCGUCUGGGUGGCCAGAAACCCUCCUGGUUUUGCUUUUGUUGAGUUUGAAGACCCUCGUGAUGCCACAGACGCCGUCAGAGAGCUGGACGGGCGGACCCUUUGUGGUUGCCGAGUGAGGGUUGAAUUGUCCAAUGGCGAGAAACGAACUCGUAGCCGGGGUCCGCCUCCUUCCUGGAACCGUCGCCCACGGGAUGACUACCGCCGACGCAGCCCGCCCCAGAGGCGCAGAUCGCCCAGGAGGAGGAGCUUCAGUCGUAGUCGCAGCAGAUCUUUUUCCAGAGAACGCAGAAGGGAGCGAUCUCUGUCCCGCGACAGGAACCACAAACCCUCACGAUCUUUCUCCCGGUCAAGGAGUCGUUCCAGAUCUAAUGACCGGAAAUGAGCGGCGAUGCUUGUGGCGGAAACCUCGAUCAAACAAGUUGGAAAGCUUUGAAGAGACUUUAUUGCCCUUGUAAAUUUAGUUUUUUUUAUUAUCUUUAUUUUAGCGGUUCUUUCACCUUCAGUUAUGCGUGUUUGCAGAUUUUAUGUGAUGGCACUCCAUCUCACAUUUUUAAGGCUUAUUUGUAUUUCUGAUGGCGAUUGUGUUGGUCCUGCUGUACUGAGCGCGAGUGUUUGGUUUAUUUGUGCGAUCAGAAGCAGAAAGAUGGAAGGUCAACAUCAUGACAGUAGCACGAGGAAUGAAGAACGGCUUAUGUUUAUUUUAUUUUCCUUGUAGUGUUUGUACUGUUUAUAAUGUGGAUCAGAAAUAAAACUCAUUACAAACUCCUUUUUUCUCUAUUGAAA